AUGUACGACAGCGUCUACCCGACCCGCACCGCACGCUUUGGCGUUGCGCUCAUCGACUCGGGCGUGCUGAAGCUCAAGAACCGCGCGUGCGCGGAGGACAUGCGCCCGAUCGACGAUUCGUGCGGCUGCAUGACGUGCAAACUGUACAGCCGCGCGUACCUGCACCAUUUGGUGCAGCGUGGGGUGCCCAGCGCUGCCAUCCUGGUGACGUACCACAACGUAGCCUACACGCAGGGCCUCACGCGGCGGCUGCGCGCCGCCAUCAAGGAGCAGCGGCUGCCUGACUGGGUGCGGUCCUACAUCAAGGGCAUGUUUCCCCAUCGGGACGUGCCGCAGUGGGCGGUGGACGCGCUUGACGUGGCAGGGAUCAGCCUGCCCGACGACAUCUGCGACAAGCGGCCUGCGCACGACUUUGACCGAGAGCUUCGGGACGGCGCGUACCGGCCACCUGGGGGCCUGCCGGGUUGA